AUGGCGGUCAGGGAGGGACCCGAGCGAGAGUACAAGGUACGUGUCGCAGCACGUCAGGUGGCGCGGACGGUCGUGCACCCGCAGUACGACCCGACGACCGUGGACAACGACGUAGCGCUGCUGCAGCUGCCCGAGGCGGUGGAGUCUGGCUCCCGCAUCGCCCCCGUCUGCCUGCCGGAGCAGGGCGCCACGCUGCCGGUCGGCGACACCUGCACCAUCAUCGGCUGGGGCAAGGAGCGCAACACACACAUAUUCGGCACCGAUGUUCUCCACGAAGCUGAGGUAGUGGUGGUGGUGGCCGUUCCAUUUGUCCCGGGUGUAACUAUCCUGACGUGUCUGGUGUUGCACGAGGCGUUCUGUGGGGGGACGCUGGUGGCCUCCCGCUGGGUGCUGACGGCGGCCCACUGCGUCAGGAGGAAGCUGUACGUGCGUCUCGGAGAGCACGACAUGGCCGUCAGGGAGGGACCCGAGCGAGAGUACAAGGUGGCGCGGACGGUCGUGCACCCGCAGUACAACCCGACGACCGUGGACAACGACAUAGCGCUGCUGCAGCUGCCCGAGGCGGUGGAGUCUGGCGCCCGCAUCGCCCCCGUCUGCCUGCCGGAGCAGGGCGCAACGCUGCCGGUCGGCGACACCUGCACCAUCAUCAGCUGGGGCAAGGAGUACAACACGCACAUAUUCGGCACCGAUGUUCUCCACGAAGCUGAG